AGCAGAUGAAUCAUAAAGGAAACAAACUUCCUUCCGUUUUCUCAAUAAUGCAAACAAGUUUAAGUAGAUUUAUCUUGAAAGAUGAACUCAUUUUAUUUCAUUAUUAUUUAGCUACCAAGGAAUGUUCUGCCCUCAAAAAAGUUGAAUAUUCAUUCUUAGUACAUUUUUUUUCUAAUAAUUUUGCAUUCGAGUUACUUUAUUGAUAUUUAUUGAAAUGGUGUUAAUUAGUUUUAGAAUAUACUUCUUAGCAUUUGUAAUCGGAUAUACACUUGCUUAUGUCAAUGUGGCCCUGAAUAAACCAACAUGGCAAUCAAAUCCGUAUAGAAGAGAAAACAUAUUUGACUCAAGCAAUGCCGUAGAUGGUCGGACAUCUGACCUGAGUGGUCGGGGCGGACAAUGUACUAAAUCAGCUUCAAAACACAACACUACCACCUGGUGGGUUAAUCUGACGUCCAUCUAUAGUAUACAUGACAUAUGGAUUUAUUACAGGACGAAUAACGAUGAAUGGAAUGCAGAAAAUACCUACAGAAGAAGAUUUCUGGGGUUCUCUAUUUAUGUAUCUAACACUACAGACAGAAAAGAUGGUCACUUAUGUUACCAUGAUACAAAGUAUACCAGCUUUACAAUACCCGCCGUCGUAAACAUAACCUGUCUUGUCCAUGGACAAUACGUCAUCUACUAUAACGAAAGACUAUCAGAUGUAAAUUAUCCAGAGGGAUAUUCAAAGUAUGCCUUUAAUGAAAUAUGUGAAUUGGAGGUUUAUGGUUGCAGGAUUGGAUACUACGGACCGAACUGUUCUCUCCCCUGUCCUGACAAAUGUCAUCAUUGUCAUAUAGAGAUCGGUAUAUGCCAUUUGUGUGAGUCCGGUUAUCAGGGACUUCAGUGUGAAUUUGAUUGUAGGAAUGAAUACUACGGAUCUAAUUGCUCUCUUCCCUGUCCUGAAAACUGUCGUUAUUGUCACAAAGAAACAGGCGUAUGGGAGUGGUGUGAACCCGGAUAUAAGGGAUAUCAAUGCGAAAUUGUUAGCACAGAGGAAGAUAAAGUCUGGCAGUUAAGGUUUUAUAGUACGCUUGGUGCUGUCAUCGUCGCCGUAACACUUAAUGCCUUUUUCAUCACUAUUAUAAUCUGUCUGAAGUUGAAAAGAAAUGAACCAAAAGUACAACAAACCAAGACAGAAUCUUGUUUUCCUGAGGCAAAUCAUAUCUAUGAUAAUCCUGAUGGAAAUAUCCCUGGUGAAUAUCAGCAACUUGGAAAGCUGGGAGAAUCCUCUCAAUAUGACGCUCUGAAGCAGAUAGAUGGAGAACAGAAUUCGGAAAAUGUAAAAAUAAAAUAAAAUAAAGAAAUCCGGAUAGACAUUAACAAUACUAGGAAGGAUAUGAUAUAAUAUAGAAACUGCAUUUGUUUUUCUUUUUGAUUUUAUUCCAGGCAAAACUCUUGAUUUUUCUGUAUUAUUUAUUUUUAUUUCAUAUACAUUCUAUCUUGAAGGUUAUUGAAAGUCUUCUGAUACAGAAAUAACAAUAAAAUCAAAAUAUUAUAGACUGAUACAAUUGUCCAUUGCCUAUGGAAAAUCGCAUCCUUCUUGAUGCAAGUGUUCUAGUAUGUAUUAAGAGGCAAUCCGCCGAAAAACCAGGCAAUUGUUGGCACAUCGUAUGUCAUUAAAAAUAUAUAUACAUUUGAGAGACACAAUUGAAUAUUUUCGAAUUUCAAUUAUUGCACUAACCGCCCGUCGUAGAUUUUGAAAAAUUACGCAAGGUGUAAAUCGGCUUGCAUGGCGGUUACGCUUUGAAUGCAUUAGGCUAAGGAAUCUGUUUCGAAGGGAAUAUUUUGUGAAAGGCUACUUGUGAUCAGUAAUAGUGAACAGAUUGUUGUCUGGGAAUAUUUUUAUUCGUGAAAAAUGAUAAUCGAUGCUGAAAAGACACAAGAAACACGCCCGAAGUUUGAUGACAAAAAGUUGGGAGGAAUUUCGGUCGCUGUAAAGGGAUGGAUGGAUCCGAUAGAUUGACACACUUGUCCGAGCAAGUUAAUUUGCAAUUUGAUCAAAAACAUUCUAUGGUUUCAGUAACUAAAGGCAUACUUAUCGUAAAACACUUAUAAACACGGAGACACUGGCGACAGCUUUACAUUGAACUACGAAAACGCCGAGGUGUUUGGCAGCUGUUCAUGGCAUGAUUGCGAUGAUAUUUUUCAACAGAUUUACACAUUUAUCGUGAGUAAAAUUAAAGAUAAAAUAAAAGUUUAUCAUUAAAAUUUAACCUAAGGUCUACCCCCCAAAAUAAGUAUGAAAGUUAGAGAACGUGCAGCUAACAAAAGUGAAGAAAAAUGUAAACAAACGCUAGGCUCCUAGUUUUCUCAAAGUACACAGGUUGAAUCGAUAGCCCAAAAUCUGUAUGAAAAACUUGUUUACAU